AUGAGGAUUCCUGCCGAGAAACUCAAGGUACACUUUGAAGACUUGUUGGCCCGCGGAACGACCUUGGAAGAGAUCCGAGCGUAUGUUCUCCUUCGACAGUCGACAUUGUCUCCGGAGGAUCGCAAGAAGAUCGUGCUUGACCAGGGUGGGCAGCUCAAGUACGCUGAGGUCACCAAGGUAUUUCGCCUUUUGGGCAGCCGAUUCUUUCAGGAUCUUCAAGGCUCCAAGGUCACAAAGACCAAAGUUUACGAUGCUCACCUGACCGAAUGUGACAGCGAACCGGCCUUUGCUGCCUCUCAAGAGUUGGAAUCCGGGGUAUCGCAUCCGGCAUCUUCGACGGAAGCACUCACAUUCUUGACUGCGUUGGACGAUCCAGAUCUUGAAGGAGAGUUUAUUGAAGCCAUGAUCGCCCAGAACGAUGAGGACGCACAAGCAGUACAACAGUUCGAACAUGAACUGGAAGAGACCAAGCCGGACAUUGAAUCCAGCCGAUCCCGCGAUGCCACGAUGAACAAUAGCUUCAUCGCUCAGGCACCUGGCCUUUCCGAAGCAUCCUGGGAAGUUUUGGAAGACGAGGAGAUUUUGGCUCAGUCUCUGCGCCAAGCCAUUCAGCAGCGGCAAAAGCAGGCAGCCAUGACAGGGAUGCCGACAAGUCGUCCGUCUCAGGCCGCAGCCGCGUCAUCCAGUCCACCAACGACCUCAGGCCUUUCAGAUCCUGUGAACCAAGCUGUACAGAUCGAACAGACUCCGACGACCACGAAGACCCCAUUGCCCCCAGCACUGGCCUGGGGCACCAAGGUCAUCAACUGGGGCAAAAAGCACAAGGGUCGUCACAUGUACAGCAAUGUCAGGAUUGAAGACCCAGGAUAUGUUCAAUGGCUGAUUCAGAGAUUCGGAAGCCUGAUUCCGGAGCAAAAGGACUACGUAUCGUACGUCCGAGCCAUGACCACCUGGGAUCAGCAAGGUCUUCUCAACCUUCGCGAGAUCCUGCCUUGA